GAGAGGAUUGCUUUUCCAUCGUGAUGGACAACAUCAGGAGGUAUUUGGGGGUGCAAAGGGUCCCUUGGCCCUGGACAAGAAGGGACAACACACCGAAUGAAUCCAGCCCACUUAUACCGAAGGUGGAUGCUGAUGAGAAUGCCCACAAGACCACCAAGCUCCACGGAGUGGUGGCAACUGACAAACGGGAGCCUGGAUCCAAACACAUCCAUCCCCACUCCUCCAUUUAUUGUUCCAUUGACUACUUCCUCAAAUACCUCCUGGUUCUCAGCAACCUGUUGUUCUCCGUUAUGGGCCUGCUCGUCCUCGGCUUGGGGGUGUGGGGCCUUAUCACCAAAGAAUCCCUUGCUCAAGAGAGGAUUGGAAGCAUCGGCACCGACCCUAUGCUGCUGUUGGUGACUGCUGGCCUCCUGCUGACUUUUCUCUGCCUGUCAGGUUGCGUGGGAGCCUUACGGGAAAAUGGCUGCCUGCUGAAGGUGUUCUCCGCAACACUGCUGGUGCUUAUCACAGCCCAGGUGCUGGCCCUCCUCGUGGUGUAUAAUGUCCAAGUGCAGAUCGAGAAUGUUCUGCGGUUAGGGAUGUUGGCUGCCGUGGCCGGCUACCAGGACGAUCUGGAUCUAAGGUUCAUCACAGAUGAGAUCCAGUCCAAUCUGCAGUGCUGCGGGGCGGACACGUACAGGGACUGGGAGAUCAACAUAUACUACAACUGCUCCGCCCCAGGAGUUCUGGCCUGCGGUGUUCCAGCCACAUGCUGUUUGUACCCGCGGGGGAAUGGAACCGUGUGGAACUCUCAGUGCGGCCUGGGAGCACAAAGGCUGACUGAGUUCAGCGCUCAGAGUGUGAUCUUCCUGGGAGGUUGUCUGGGGGAAAUGUCACGGUGGAUGCAGCAGCACCAGGGCCUGAUUGGGACAGUUGUUGGGGUCAUACUGGGGGUGCAGAUCCUGACUGUGUUGGUGACCAUACGACUCCAAAAGAGGUUGAAUGACAUCAAGUUAAUGCAUAACAGGAUGUAAGCAAUGGUAGAAUGUUUCCCAUUUAAUGCGCCAAUGCAAAAACAUGACUAAACUGAUCCAAAACAGGAACUGAUCAUGUGAUAGGUGAUGCCAACAGGUGCCAUGAGCCAAGCUAUCAAGCGAGCAGUAAAAACUGCAUAAUGGUCCACCCUGUGCCUCCUGAUUACCUGCACAUGUGCUUAUAAAGAACGCUAUACUGCCACCCAUGGAGACCUGAUGUAAUACAUAAAAAACAGAUGUGACUCCUAUACAUCUAUAUAGAAUUGUCAUGAUAGACACUACAUCAAUGCAUAAAAGUCACAAACCAAUUUAGUCUCCAAUUUUUCUUGUGGU